UGUAUGUGUGGUAGCUAGGUACAAUUACGUUUCUAAUUUUUUAUUUAGGGGUAUUUUAGCGCCGUUAACCUGCCGAAAUCUUUUAUUCUAAAGGUUAAAACCGGAAAUUACCGUCAUUAAGGCAAAUUUACGUUCACACGUCACAUGAUACUCUUAAAUAGCUGAAUGAAAGGAUGUUACGGUGCAACGGUCACUAGAUGUAGGGUUUAGCUGAGGUUUUUAUCGCUAUUGGAAGGCGCUACUCGUUUUAAAAUGUAGGUUUUACGUGCUACUUUUAUUUUAAGUUAUUUUUUAAAUUAAUGACACAACCAGUGCUUUGCUGUGUAGGUAGGUAAAGUUGAUUAUUUAUUUUUUUAUUACCACUCAGCAAUCAGGACGCAUCAGUCAGUCACUGAUAGACCUGUGUUGGCCUUUGAAACUGUUCGCAAACGUUUAUUAGCAAGAUAUCCGACAAAACAGACAGAUUAUCAGAGUAAAACUGUGGUGACAGCUCGCUCAGAAUUUGUUAGGGGGACACUUCAUGAAGUUUUGAAGCUCGUCCGGGAGCAGGUUUCACUAUGACAGAACGGACCCCUCUCCUCCACUACCGCCUCUCUACCAGCGUCAAUGAAUCCGAGCUGCGGUCACAGUCGGGCGCGCAGGCCCCGGAUGAGCACCCGGGCACCCCCAGGCGGAGGGCUGCCCAACAGAACCAACCGAGGAAACUCACCACCUUCGUCGGUGUAGUCAUCCCUACCUUGCUGUCGAUGUUCAGCGUGGUAGUCUUUCUCAGAAUAGGGUUUGCAGUGGGACAGGCUGGACUCUACCAAGCUAUUGCCAUGUUUGUGGUGGCCUACUUCAUCAUCUGUAUGACUGUGCUGUCUGUCUGUGCCAUCUCCACCAAUGGAGCCCUGGAUGCUGGGGGAGCCUAUUACAUGAUCAGCCGAGCAUUGGGUCCAGAGUUUGGUGGUAGCAUUGGCCUCAUGUUUUUCCUGGCUAAUGUGUGCGGCAGUGCUCUGUUUGUACUGGGUCUGGUUGAAGCCAUCUUGUCUACAUUUGGAGUCCCUGAAGUCGGGAAUGUAGCCACUUCUAACAUCCAGGUCCUUCCUUCUGGCUACUGGUGGUCUCUGCUUUAUGUCACUGUCUUCAUCAGCUUCUUCGCCGUACAACCUCGAACCAUCCUGCUUCCUGACGUGAUGCUCAAUGCGACGGGCCCCACCACAGCCAAUUUUACUGGCUUCAAGUUGGACACGCUCCUUGGGAAUGUGUGGGCUAAUUACACUGUAGAUUAUACAACACAGAAUACAAUGACCUUUGCCACUGUGUUCGCUGUCAUGUUCAACGGCUGCACCGGCAUCAUGGCUGGCUCUAACAUGUCAGGUGACCUGAAGAAUCCCAGCUACUCCAUCCCACGCGGCACCAUCACAGCCGUCAUCUUCACCUUCAUCAUCUACAUGGUGCUCAGCGUGCUGGUUGCCUGCAGCUGUGAUCGCAUUCUGCUUCAGCGGGAUUACAGUUUCCUGAGGGACAUCAACAUCUGGCACCCCUUUGUCAUCAUCGGCGUUUAUUCCUCCACGCUGUCUGCUGCCAUGAGCAACCUCAUUGGGGCCUCACGCAUCCUCUACGCCUUGGCCAAAGAUGACCUGUUUGGUAAGGUGUUGUUGCCAGCUAAGAAGACAUCCCACAGUGGGAACCCCUGGGUGUCAGUGCUAAUCUCCUGGUUCCUAGUGCAGCUGGUCCUGUUUUCAGGGAAGCUCAACACCAUCGCCAGCAUUGUGACCAUUUUCUUCCUGCUGGUCUAUGCUGCCGUGGACUUGGCUUGCCUCGCCCUAGAAUGGGCCUCAGCGCCUAAUUUCAGGCCCACCUUUCGUUAUUUCACCUGGCACACGUGUGUGUUGGGAAUCAUCGGUUGUGCCAUCAUGAUGUUCCUCAUCAACGCCAUCUACGCCUCAGCCAGCAUCGCCUUCAUGCUCCUGCUGCUUCUGCUGAUUCACUACCUCAGUCCCACCUCCAGCUGGGGCUACAUCAGCCAGGCUCUCAUUUUCCACCAGGUGCGUAAGUACUUGCUAAUGCUGGAUGUGAGGAAGGAUCACGUGAAGUUCUGGAGACCUCAGAUCCUGCUCAUGGUUUCCAACCCCCGCAGCAGCGUGGGCCUCAUCACCUUCAUCAACGACAUCAAGAAGAGCGGCCUCUACGUGCUGGGACACGUCCAGCUCGGAGACCUCAAAACGUUACCAUCCGACCCUCUGCAGGCGCAGUAUGACUCCUGGUUGUCCCUGGUGGACCAUCUAAACAUCAAAGCCUUUGUCAACCUGACGUUGGCAGAUUCUGUGCGUCACGGUGUCCAGCAUCUCCUCUUCAUCUCAGGACUUGGUGGGAUGCGUCCUAACACCCUUGUCCUGGGUUUCUAUGAUGACUGUCUUCCAAAGGACAAACUGAUCGAUCCAUCAGUGUCUACCAGUCAGUCCACUGAUCCCUCGGGCCCUUCUAAUGAGCUUGCACAGCAUCCUCUCUUCCACUUUGCCUCCCUGCGUGGCUCCAGUAACAGACCGGAUUAUGGUGAAUUUGGGGACGGAAAGGUUCUAGGGCCUCAGGAGUAUGUGGCGAUCAUCGCUGAUGCCAUGAAGAUGCUCAAGAAUGUGGUACUAGCUCGACACUUCAACAACUUUGACCGAGCCCAGGUUCUCUCGCCACAUUCCUCCUCUUCAGGGAAGGGAGAUGUGUAUGUUGAUGUCUGGCCGGUCAACCUCCUGCGCCCAGACAGCUGUAGCUAUGUUGACACCUGCUCUCUCUUCCUGCUGCAGCUAGCGUGUAUCCUCAACAUGGUGCGGACCUGGCGCAAAGCUACACUGCGCCUCUUCCUGUGUGUUGAAGAGGGCCGAAGUGUGAGGGGCCCGGAGGAGAAGCUCAGCCAGCUGCUUAAGGAGUUGAGAAUUAAGGCUCAGAUCCAUCCAGUGCCCUGGGAUGAGCAGGUGGCACUACACUGGCAGCGCCAGGGCAACUGGGGGAAGAAACAGCUGGAUACCACUGCAGAAGAGAAGAAGCUGAGACCUGACGAGGAGGGGGACGAGGAGAAUGAAGAUGAUUACGUUAACAGCUUCCCGAGCAACACCACACGCCUGUCGGACGGCUACCUGUCAGCUGUCAAUGAGCUGAUCCUGGCUCAGGCCCAGCCCCCACCCGCUGUGCGUUUCCUGUACUUGCCACGCCCCCCAGCUGACACCCGCCGCUACACUGCCUACUUACACCAGCUGGAGCUGCUGACACAGGACCUGGGCCCUACGCUGCUCAUCCACGGCGUAACACCAGUCAUCACCACUGACCUGUGAAAUGGAGCAGUCAGUGGCGUGCGCUUCACACGCAGAGUUUUUGUGAAUCUACUGAAGGUCUGUGGACCUCAGGGCUGCCUUGGGACUGACCUGUCCACUCAACAAUCGAACAAGAAAACCUCCUUCUCACUCACAGAAACUGUCUGCACUUCUUUACACAUUACACAUCGAUGCAGAACAAAGUCUUCACAUUUUCGCCCUGACUGUCUACAUAUUUAACCCUUUCUUUGUUUUAUUUGUGCACUCCACUAAUCAUUCUGGUGUUCCAGUCGAGCACCUGAAGGUGCUAUAUUAUAUUUAUUUGUCAACCUUGUCUCGGUUUAAGAUGAAUAUAAUCAGAUGAUGAUUGUGUUUGAUGAAUGUUGAAAACAGAGAGCCAGUCAGUCAAAACCACAAUCAAAUGGCACAAAUGUUCCUCACUUUGCACCAGUGUUACACUAAUACUAAUAAUGUGGGCUGAAUGGCCCACAGCAGGAUCAAUCAGGAUAAAUUUUAAUUUCCAUCUUCAUUAGACUUUCCUUCCCUGUUUUCUUUUCUUACAAUGAUCAUUCCACUUUUUGAUUUAAUUUUUAUUUUUUCAGAUCAAAAAGUGCCUUGCUAGUUAGGGCUCUGGAGUUGGACUGUUAUACCUUGAAGCAGGAAGUCUGCUUUUGUGCCUUUACAAAGGAAAGUGAACAAUAACAACAGUGCUCGAUGUCUUUAAGGUUUUAAUCGAAAAACCUUAGUGUGUGGGAUGUCAGAAAGACAUUCCUCUUUUUAUCCAAAUGCACUUUUGUCCCUUCUCUGCCAAACUGCAGCCUUCCAAAAUUAAUUUAAUAUGUUUACAAAUGCGACUACUGUGAUUAUCUGUGUUUUAUUGAUUACUUUUGUGUCACUUUCAGUUUUCACUCACGUGAGUGACCGGCCUUGUUGAUCAGGCUGAAUUUAAGUAGCUUAGCCUUUAGUUUAAAAGUGACAUUUAUGGGAUAUUUGUAACUGCUAAAGAGUAACAAGCUACAUGUUGUGUCUUCAUUGUGUGUUCCAGCAUUCUGUGGCAAAUUGGAUUCCACUCCUGGAUAAACCCCACUCUUUUCUUUGUAACAAUAAUCUGAAGAUUGGGGGAUCCACAAAUAUUGCCUGUAAAAUGGAUUCAUUCACUUUGACUCAAACUCGACAAUUUUCUCACCCUCACUUGAACACAUCUGUGUGGUACUUGAAGAGAAGCUGGUGCUUGGAUUUGUACUUUGCUGGUGUUUGGAAUGGCAUAUGUUUUAUUUCUAGGCCAACUAGGUACUUGUGUUUCAGCAGCUGGCUUCCCUUUAGGACACUACAGUCCCCAACAAGCCACUGACACUAGAGCUCUUUGUCUUGGAAAAAAAAAAAAAAUCUGCAGGACACACUUUAUUGAAAAAAUGAAAUCUUCAGUGUUCGAAAUAUACCUUUAAACUGAAAUGACUGAUAAAUAAAAUGUUUUUAUUAUGUGUC